CCAUAAAAAAUGCCUGGAAACGUUGGCCAUUCAAUGUGGUCACAAACGUUUACCGCGGAAAAUGACCACUUUCGGCGUUGAUUUGUCCCAACACCUUGGAGAAACAGGAACCUCCGUUCCGAACAUAGUGUGCAAAUGUGUUGAUGAAAUUGAGGCUCGAGGUCAUCUUAUCAAGGGUAUAUACAGAGUGUCCGGAGUGAAAUCACGUGUAGAAAAAUUGUGCCAAGCUUUUGAAAAUGGAGCAGAACUGGUGGAUUUGUCUGAUAUUCAUCCAAAUGUAAUUGCCAAUGUUCUUAAACUGUAUUUGAGGCAACUCCCGGAACCACUUCUUACUUUUCGCUUAUAUCCGGAAUUUGUAAGAAUCGCCAAAGAUUAUCCUACGAAUUCGCCAGCCGAUAUUAAAGCAGCAAAAGAAGAAUUAAAAGAAUUGGUUAAGAAGCUCUCACGGCAGCACUACCUGACUUUAGGUCUCUUAAUGUUGCAUUUGAAGCGCAUUUCGAAUGAUGCUGAAGUGAACAAUAUGCCGCCUAGUAAUUUGGGCAUUGUAUUUGGGCCAACUCUGCUGCGCACCGCUGAAGGAAGUGCGUCUCUAAGCUCUUUGGUGGACACAAUACAUCAGACUCGAGCUAUCGAACUUCUUAUUACUCAUGCCGAUGAAAUAUUCAAUCCUCAAGAAAUAGUGUUAGCUCGAGAAAAUAGUUUAAAAAUGUUGCGCAGCAGUACAAGUAAUGAAAGCAGCUCAUUAGGUCGUUCUUUCUCCUUCAUGGACCGUAAGAAGCCUAAAGACCAGGACAACACAGUUUAUGCGCCUUGUGAUCCAAGUGAGACUAAUCCAGGCAAUACUUCAGAUGAUGAAGUUCCAUAUUUUCUAUCAAUUGAUGGUCCUUCCAAAUUCAAAACAUCACCACAAUUGAGUCAUGCUAUACCUACUCCGAAAAUUUUCAAGGGUUCUCUCAAGGACUAUCAAGGUUUGGAAGGUGUGAGUCUUCCUUCUUUGGGUAUGCGUCCAGUGGAUGAGGGAGAUAUUAGUCAUCAAAAAUUAAGAAAAACUUUAUCUGAUACAUCUAAAGAAAGAUCUUGUCAAAUAGAAUCAGUGAGUACAAACCGUGGCAUUGUGGUGAAGAAAACUGAAACUGAAAAAGUGAAUGUGGUUUCAAGUUCUGCAGAAGAAUGGUGUGAUCCAGAAGGAAUAAAAUCUUUGCCAAAAGUUAGCGAAAUCACUAAAAGUAAAGGUUGUGCUAAUAGAGCAGAAAGUUCGGUAGAUUCUGAUUACAGUUUUGAAUCACGAACCAGUUCAGUAGAAAGUCGCAGUUUUAGAGAAUUGGAUGAAGCAAGUGAAGUUUUCCUGGAAUUACCAACUGGGUGGUCAAAGAAACGUAGUCCUAUUCAGAAUAAUGGAGAAAGAAGACACAUACUGGGAUCAGGUGAUUCUCCUUUCUCUUCAUUGAGUCAUUCAUUGGAUGAAAGUCAAGGAAGUGACUUUGCAGAUGACAUAGAUCAUGCAAUUCGAAGAAGUAUGGCUCAUGUUCAUACUUCUCAUUCUCGAACUCAGGUAUCUUCUACAAGCAAACAAGAAAUGGGAGACAACAUAUACAUUCCAAUGUUGCAAAAACAGUCUCACAGUCAAGAAUCGUCCCAAAUGUGUAGCACAAAACAAACAAUUCAUCAAUGCAAAAGCAGCAUUAAUAACUCUAAUGUUGAAGAACAAGAGGUAGUGGCAGUAAAGACUCAGUGUGUAGGUAUUCAACAAACAGAAGAAGCAGCAAAUGUAAAGAAAGCACAGCAAGUUGUUUCAAGUGCUGUUGCGACCAUGAAAAUGUCAUCACGUCAAAUGGGACAUUGUACACAAAUCAAGUCAUCUAUCAUUGGUUCUGCAGAAAUUGACACAAAAGGGAAACCUAAACCAUUAAUGUUGACACAUAAAGAAGGUAGUACUGCUUUACAAGUAGAAAAAAUCAUUAAUGAUGACUCAGAUGAUUAUGAUGACAUUCUUGAAUCUUAA